AUGAUGAAUAAUGAAACGCAGGUGUCUCUUCCUCAUAUUCAGCUAUCGUUUCCCGAGUUGAGUUCAUCGUUGUUGCCUUCAGUUUCAGAGGUUCCUCUUACAGAGAUUAGGAAGAACGCUCAGAAAAAAGGACAACUUCUAGAACGGUAUCUUGUCGAUGAAAAUCUUGGAGAGGUGGAACGAGCUGAAUAUUUGCUCACGAAAGGAACUUCCGUACAAAAGUGUUCCGUGCUCGAAAACUUGCCCUCUCUCUUCCAAAGACAUCAACAAAAAGCCAUCUCAAAAAUAGUCACACUCUUCUCGGAUAAAAUCGGAAAAGAAGAUGAAGAAACACAAAUAAUGAUUGGAGACUAUUUGGUUCCAUGCUUCCCACUACUCCCUCCAGAAAAUAUGAAAGAAGUGUUUGCUCUCAUACAAUCAAUGAUAAAUAAUUCAGGAGAGCAUGUGGCAUCUGUAUGGCAGGAUGUAUUAAUUUCUGCCGUAGACUUUAUGUCUACGUCACUUUUGGAAAAUGAAAUUAUUCCUUUUGCCAUUCAAAAGGGAAGUUUAUCUGAAACAGAAAGCAACAGGUGUUUUUGUUCCAAGCUGUUGGGCUCUCUUUCUAAACGUCUACCUUUUCAAACAAUCAAGCAAUUGUAUCUUCAAAAGUCAUUAGAUCUUUGCCAAGACACUUCAUUCUCGGUGAGAAAGACAAUGGCACAAGAAAUUAUUAAUUUAUCAAAGGGAUUAGGUCCUGAAAAAUCCAAACAAUAUUUGAUGCCUGAAUUAAUACAACUUGUUAAAGAUGAAACCAAGCUGGUGAGACAGGCAGCACUGGAAACUCUAACAAACAUGCUUAGCUUUUUCGACGAAAAAUAUAGAGCAGAUCAAAUUCAACAAUAUUAUUUGAAUUGGAUCAAGUCACCCCCAAGUGAUUUGUACAGAAUACUGGUUGAGAGACUUGGAGAAAUAUUCUACUACCUACAAAUUAAGGAAGAAGAUCAAAUAUCAUGUUUUGUCAACUUUUUUGUUUCUGCUUCGAAAGAUAAUUCUCAAGAAAUUCGGGAAUUUUGCGCUUUCAAUUUUCCUGCCAUUGUUAAGUGUGUAGGAUCCAAGAGGUAUGAAAAAUGUUUGCAUAACAGUAUGGUGGCAUGUUGUGAGGAUCCCAGUGGGACUGUUAGGAAGAGAAUAGCUUCUGGUUUUCAUGAGAUAGUUAAGCUGUUAUCAGAGGAUGGAACAGCCAAACUGCUCAAAAACCUUUUCUUUUCCCUUCUUUCUGACACAAAUAUGGAAGUGAGAGACAAAAUUGUACAAAACUUGAACACCAUUUUGACAUGCUUCAAAACAGCUUUAGCAAAAACUUCGGAUUCCUUUUUUACUAAUGUGAUCAGUUCCAUCAACAACUACCACAGUGGAGUUCAAAACGAUUGGAGACGAUUGGAAAACUAUUUUUCUCAUUUUCAAUAUUUUCAUUUAUAUUUUUCGAGAGAGCAAAUUAUUGACACAUUCAUUCCCAUUCUUAAAAAACAAAUAUUUGAGGGAGUUGCACAACCUGUAAAAAUCCAAGCUGCAACGUCUCUCGUGAUUGUGACAAGAGGACUUCAAAGCUUACCAAGACAAAAAGAUAUUUUAUCGAGCUUGAUCAAAGAUCUUAUCAGCAGCAGAUCGUAUUCCAAUCGAAUGAUGUUUUUUGAUUUAUGUAUUCCAAUCAUGGAGCAUUAUAGCAAAAAAUUUUCAAAAGAGCUCUUAUUCGAAAACGUCAUGAAAAUGGAAAAGGACAAAGUCCCAAAUGUACGAAGACGAUUUUGUUUCAUGCUUCCAGAGCUGAAGAAAACCUUGACACUGCCCGAUGAUGUCAUUCUACUUGCUAAAAUUAAGGAAAAACUCUCCUAUUUGAGCUUGGAUAAAGACAAAGAUGUUAAGGAAGCAGCCAUGACUGCACGAAACAUUCUUCACACCAUUGAAACUGAAACCAAUCGAGGUUUCAGACUCAACCUUCAAAGUGCAGACGAGAUUGCAGACAAGAAAAAGGAGAAGGAAGAGACAGAAUGGACCGAUCGAGAAUACAUGACCUCUGUAUCGAACACAUACAGCUCCAAUACAUCCUCUCCAACUCAAGUUUCUCCUCCUUCAACAUCCAUCUCAUCCAUGAGAAGAAAAUCCAUUCCCAACGCUUUGAAACCUAACAUUACCAAUCCUUCUUCUAAUCCUCCAAAAUCCAAAUCUCCUUCUCCAUCACCCACACCUUAUUCAUCCUCAUCUGUGAAACCAAAGAGUGGAAAUACCAUUUCCAGAAAUCAAAGCUCCACAACAUCAAGGAGUGCUACGGCCACUUCCAACGUUGAUCAAUCGAAAGCUAAAAGUAAAUCGACCUCCUCCCUCUCUGUGAAUGCUCAUUCCAUUCCUCGAAGUACCUCUUCCCAAUCCAAGCACUGA